GAUGAAUAUAGAUUAUAAAUGAGAUAUCUCUCCCCCUCUCUCUUACACACAGUCAGAGAAAGAACAACAGCUUCCUCAUUCCAGUUCUCAUGGCGGUUCCUACGUUAGUGUUUCUACUCCUCUCUGCACUUCAAUUUUCUGGUGCCUCUGCAUCAUCAUUAAAUUAUAUUUCCUACGGUGCACUUUCACGAAACUCGGUACCGUGUAGUAGACGUGAAUCAUCCUAUUACAAUUGUCGUCCAUCACCCAACACCACUGAUUCUCAUCGAAUCAACUUAGGAUCCUCCCUCUCCCCAUCCUCCACGAAUUCAUCAUGGCUUUCUCCUUCUGGUCGAUUUUCCUUUGGAUUUUAUCCACAGGGAAAUGGUGGUUUUGGCGUUGGAAUUUGGUAUGCCCAAAUACCUCAACAUACACUCGUAUGGACACCAGACCGAGACGAUCCACCUUUCUCUGCCAACGCCACAUUGCGCCUUACCAGCGGUGGAAGGCUCAUCCUGCAACGCACGCAACACGACCCAGAAGAAGACUUUGUAUACGACGGAGGACAAACAAAAGAGUCCAAUAUCUCUUGGGCUUCCAUCGUUGACGAGGGCAAUUUCGUUCUAUUUGAUUCAGGAUCAAAUGUAUUAUGGCAAAGUUUUGAUUUCCCUACCAACACCAUUCUGCCAGAUCAACGUCUACUCUCAAGGGAUGAAAUCUCUAGUGUAUCUGAAACCAAUUAUAACUCUAUUAAUGGAAGAUUUCGGCUCCUGAUGCAGCAUGACGGCAACCUUGUUCAAUAUUACUCCACUGGAAAGCGUUCAGUUCGAUAUUCAUAUUGGGAAUCAGGUACCAAUACGUAUCGUGGGAGGUACGUGACAUUACAGCUUGAUGAUGAUGGAAACCUCUAUAUGUUUGAUCGUGACGGCCUCACUGUGAAGAAUCUAUCUCUAUCUACUGGUGGCGGUGGAACUCCCACCGGCGACACAGUUCUUUACCGUUUGACGAUCGAUAAUGAUGGGAUCUUCAGAGUCUAUUCCAUAAAUGCGGAUGAUCAAAAAAGUAAAUGGUCGAUCAUGUGGGAAUCAUCAACCGAUAAGUGUGUUCCCUUUGGCAUUUGUGGCAAUAACGCGUAUUGUACGUAUACUCCCAUGGAAGAUCAGCCGGCCGUAUGCCACUGUAUUCCUGGUUUCGAUUUCAUUGAUAAGACUCAACAAAGUUCGGAUUGCCAGCAGAGUGAGCAGGGCUGCAGUACUGGAAACCAAACACAAAAUGGCAACUUCUUCAUGUCUACCUUGGAGAAGAUUGAAUGGAAAGAAGAUCAAUAUAAAGUUUUGUCAUCAACCCCAACUGAAGGAAAGUGCAAAGAAGCUUGCUUGGCAGACAGUAACUGUGAAAUUGCAUUGUUUGGAGAUGAUCAGUCUUGCAGAUUACAGCAACUCCCAUUGAGAUAUGGAAGAAGAACAGUAAAUACAUCUACCACCCCCUUGACUUUUGUUAGAGGCAGCAAUUGUAGCAGUUCCACCACUCUGGAGACUCCUCCACAAUACUCUGCUUGUUUUUCUGUACGACUAAUUCACAUGUAGAACUCAGACACCGGUGACGAUGACGAUAAUGACGAAGUGGUGUUGGCAAUGGUCUCUCUGCUGUUCUGUUACAACUUACAACCCCCGCCCCUCGGUGCUGCACGAUUCCAUUGCUCUGUUUUCUCCUCGUCCUUCUUCACCCUCACAACCACUGCCAUCGCAUCAAUCCAUCAUUAGACCACUGCCGGACUCCAUUUCCUUCCCAGGGAAGAGCUCAAGCUUUAGCUCGGGUUCUUCAUUGAUGACAAGGUUUCUGGUUAGAAUGCUGAGGAAGGUGGACCUGCUGUACGCGCCGGAAUCCUGUACAUCGAUCCUGAGUUACUCGCUUCUAUUGAGCAAGUACGACGUGGACUGCUCGGGAGGAUCUUGGGAUAUUUCUUGGAGACUUUGAAAGAGCGAUCAACGAUUAGCAUCUUGGUGGGUAGCGAGUGUCGGUUGCGGAAAGAGUCGGAGCGUGGCGCGAUGCCAUUGACCGUGGCUCUCUGGCGAGUUCCUGGUUCGAUGGACAAAAUUUGCCUGCUUCUCAGGCGUUUGACUAGAAUUUUGAUGUUGGCCCAGGGCUUAUGUGGUGGCGAUGGAGUGCUCGGAAGCAUGGGGUACGGUGCUGAUACUGGAGUUCUCACCGGAGGCAAUACCAGGGGCGGCAUUGUCAACGGGUGCCGCCACUGUUGCUACGAUUCUUGUUAAGUUUGUCUCGAAUUCUUGACCCGUUUUGAAGAUUGACCCGCUCCGACAUAUUUUGGUGGAGAUCCAAAUGAGAAGUUUUAUGAGAUCUAUGAUGGAAGCAGAAGGGUGGGCCGAUAGUACUAGUGUUUUGCUAAGAAAGUCACUGUAUUUUUCAGAGUUUUUCGAGCUAUGGUUUCAGAGCGAGAACUGCUUGGCUGUAAUCUUUUUUUUUUUGCAUAGUAAAACAUUUUCUUCUUCGUUCGCACACCACACUGGUGUGUGAACCUCGUUAAAUUAAUUGGUCCUUGUUUUCAUUUCUGUACAGAAUUUGAACUAUUACCCGAUUGCUUUUGUUGUUU